AUGGUAGUCAUCCAGAUCCCAAACACCAUGCAACCCAGUUGGCUCCAACCUAUAAACCAAUUGCAAUUUCCUCAUAUCAACACACUCACUACUCCUCCACCUGUGUUACCAACCACCACCAACAACAGAAACACUCUCAUGCCAGAAAUGGUGAUGAGGCCUUUGAGAAUUGUCAGAAUACUAGUCACCGACGGCGAUGCCACUUACUCUUCCAGCGAUGAUGAGAAACAAGGAGGCCGUGUGUUUGUUCACCGUCAUAAAGUGAAGAAGUUCGUCAACGAGAUUGCCAUUGAGUCUUGCUCCUCAAGAGAGAAUGAUGAAGCAGGAGGAGUUUGGAAGAGUAGUAGAUCGUCGAGGAAGUGUCGGGAAAGGUUCACCAAAGGAGGAAACACAAGGCUUAUGAAGUUUCACGGCGUGAGGUAGAGACCUUGGAAACAAUGUGCGGCUGAGAUUAGAAAUCCCCUAAACUGUUAG